AUGGCCUCCACUCGUGUCCUCGCCUCCAGACUCGCCACCCAGAUGGCCACCAAGGCCGCCCGCCCUGCGGUGCGUGUCUCUGCCAUGCCCAAGCGCACCAUCUCUGGCUUCAGCCCCCUCCAGGUUGCCCGCAAGCAGGCUGUCCAGGCCAAGCCCUUCGCCCAGACCAAGCGCGCCUACUCUUCUGAGAUCGCCCAGGCCAUGGUCGAGGUCUCCAAGAACUUGGGUAUGGGUUCCGCCGCCAUCGGUCUGACUGGUGCUGGUAUCGGUAUCGGUCUGGUCUUCGCUGCCCUCCUUAACGGUGUUGCCCGCAACCCCGCCCUCCGUGGCCAGCUUUUCUCCUACGCCAUUCUGGGUUUCGCUUUCGUCGAGGCCAUCGGUCUUUUCGACCUCAUGGUUGCCCUCAUGGCCAAGUUCGUAACGUAA